AUGCUAGAAUACCGCACCCAGGGCUUCCAAGGCUAUGCUGUGAAAUACUCUCCCUUCUUCGACAACCGAAUAGCUGUCGCUGCCUCAGCAAAUUAUGGUCUGGUAGGAAAUGGACGGCUCUAUAUACUGGAAUUGACUCCCCAUGGUAUCCAGCCGUUGAAGAGCUAUCCAACCCAGGAUGCGCUUUACGAUGUCACUCACUCUGAAGCGCAUUCGUUCCACGUAUUGACUUCCUCUGGGGACGGAUCUCUCCGUCUCUACGACACCUCAUUAGCCCCCGACUUUCCCAUAGCAACAUUUCAAGAGCAUUCAAGAGAGGCAUUCUCUUGUAGUUGGAACCUGACUUCGAAAGCAACUUUCGCAUCUUCAUCGUGGGAUGGAUCUGUCAAGAUAUGGAACCCUGAGCGACAGCAGAGUCUGUUGACAUUACCAACGCACUCUUGUACAUAUUCAGUACAGUGGAAUCCUCAUACCGACGGCAUGCUGAGCGCAGUAUGUUCAGACAGUCACCUCCGGGUGUGGGAUUUGCGAACACCAGCCAGCGCCAGUAACCAUCUUACCCUUCAAAUUCCGAUUCACUCACCUCCAAUUUCCGUCGGUCUGGGGAAACCUCAACCCACCUUUCCACCCGCCGAAGCACUUUGUCAUGACUGGAACAAAUACCGGGGCACCGUGGUGGCGACGGGAGGAGUUGAUAGGAUCAUUCGAACAUUUGAUAUUCGACAACCCAAGGGCCCACUUCAACUGUUACAAGGUCACGGAUAUGCCGUACGGAAAGUUGCAUGGAGUCCACACCUUCCAGACCUACUGUUAAGUGCCAGUUAUGACAUGACAUGUCGAGUGUGGACAGACGGAGGUGACGGCCAACAGCAAGCCCGAGAAUUGGGUAGCAUGGGUCGUCAUACUGAGUUUGCGACAGGUGUUGACUGGUGUUUAUUUGGAAGUGAAGGGUGGGCUGCCAGUUGUGGGUGGGAUGAACGACUUUGUGUAUGGGAUGUUCGAUCCUUCAUGCAUCCAUAG